AUGUUUGACGCAGGGCUCAAGUUUCAAUGCUGGCAGGUUAGGGGUCGCAAGGAAACGGUGCCGCAGCAGUGGCUGAAGACCGACAAGGAGAUACGGGGAGAAGGUCCGUGGAACAACAUCUUCGAGGGGAUCAGUGACACUGCGAUCAUCUCCAAAUUCACCGCCAUGGUUUCCGAGAAGACUGGAGCAGAGAAUAAGGCCGCGGCCACGACCGGCGGGGGGGAUGACGGCUCGGAAAACCUUGGCGAAGAUGAGAUUAAGCUGGAAAAAGUGCUGGGUGCGAUCGUGGACGCGAAAGCUGGAUUGAGGGCUGAGAAGAGGAUUGAGAAAGAGAAGCUCGCCAACAUCAGGGCGGCGGGCCUCGCGGAGAAGCAGAACGCCGAAAGGCGUUGCGCACCAGGGGCAGGCUCGACAUCAUUCGGGGCGGCCCACGCCAGCGACGAACGCGCGCGUGCCAAAGUUCUUCAACGCGAGCUCUCAACGGCGGGUAGCCAGCGGGCAAGCGAGGGGGGAGGGGCUGCAAGGAAGUUGCCCCCGCUCGGCGCGGACAUCCAAAAGAAGCUCAGCGCGCAAAAUGAGGUUGAUCUGGCCUACAUCACAGGAGCGACGACGGAGCAGGUGGACCUCGUCCUCACCAAGGGAUUUACUCAAGAACAACUUCCUUUGGAGACCGCGGUCUGUAUCCUCGAGCAGGCGGUCGGUAACAGGCUGCGAGCCCCAUGGGGAAACCUAUCGCUGCAGGAUUUCAGCGUUGUUAAGGGAGCCGGCUUCGAAAUCAGUGGUUUUGACGCGUAUAUGGUGAAGGAGUUGUGUGAUAAGUACGGCGCCGACUAUCAGUUGUUCAUGGCAUGUGAUCGCGUCUCCGUGUACACCGACGGGUGGACAGUAGGGGAUCCUGGGUGUCCAACGGAGGAGGAGUUAGACGGGCUAUCUGAGAAGCUGGCCACCCUGCUUGUGUACGGCACCGUGAAACCCAACAAUGGCACCUCACCGGAGCAUCCAAGCAGCGCCAGCAGCAGCGGCAGCAGUGACGUGUUUGACUUGUCGGGCGAUGGACAAGCCGGCGGAGGUGGGAAGCGUGCCCCGAAGAGCAGCAGGAAGACACGGAACACGACCAACCGUGCGAGCGAGGAUGGCCUUCUGCAGAUGAUGAGGGAGGCGUCGCAGAAGCAGGAUAAGGCUUUUGAGCUCCAGUUGCAGCGGGAAGAGUUCAAGGACCGUAGGCGUUCGGACGAGAAGAAGGAGGCUGCGCAAGUGCGCAAGGAGGACAGGGACUUUGCCGAGCAGCAGCGUAAGGAGGAGAGGGAGAGGGAGAGGGAACUCCGCCAAGAGCAGUGGGACCGGGAGAGGAAGGCGCGGAAGGACGAGCGGGACGACGAGAGGCGGGAGCGGCAGGACCUACAGGACUUCGAACUAAAGAAGUUGAAGAUGCAGCUGGAGCUAGCGCAGUACCAGGCACAGCUAGCGAAGCACCAGGCAGAGUCUUAAGGUCCGGAGACGGUUGCUGUGGGGU